AUGCGUACCUCGAUCCUCCUCACAACCCUCGCCUCCAUCCCCUCCCUCCUCGCUCUCCGAGCACCAAGUCUCUAUCCCCGCACCUACACAGACAUCAGCGCGAACGCCAGCUACUGCCCCGGACACCCGGCGCCCGAAUACAUCCAACGCCAAAUCUUCGACGGCUUCGUCAACCAGCUCUACGGCGAAAAAGACGUCAUUGGCGCCUUCAACAAGUACAUCGCUCUCAACUUGACCGAGCAUGACCCCUUUGAUGCGCAGGGCAGGAUUGCGAACGAGGAGAAGUUGUCGUACAUCAUUCCUUAUGUGCCCUCCAUAGUCCUCCGCCACAGCUUCGACAACAACAUCGGCUUCAUCCACGUGCGUGUCAACGAGGCGAACGAGGAGCCAAUUGCGCUGGCGGAUAUCUACAGGAUGGAUGGGACGUGCCUUGUUGAGCAUUGGGACGUGACGCAGUCGAGGCCCGCCAACGCCACGAACCCUAUUGCGAUGUUCUAG